AUGGGUCUCCGUUCGAGGGGUAACCACCUUCUCCUCCUCGGAAUAUGGAUUCUUCAUUUAUACUUCACAACAGCCACCACCAUCUCAUCAAGUUAGUUUUUCGCAAGAUUUUGUUUUGAUCUCCUAAUAUUUUUCCCACUUCUACUGAAAUUAGUUCGCCCUGUUUUUUUUUUGAAUUUCUAACAGAAUUUUCCCACUUCUCUUUUACUAGACUGAAACCAAACCCCGAAACCAAUACCAAAACCUAUUUUGUUUUUUUUCUUCUAAUUUAUCGCUCAAGAAUUUUUUCGUUCUCAAAAAGACCAGUAUGAUAUGAUAACUUGAUAAUGACCUUGACAUAACCGAGAGCGCGCGAAACUAUUUUUGUUGGUAAACAAGGGAAAAAAGUAGGGACCUCCGGGAAAAGUGGAACCCAGAAGAACAGAGUUCAUCCACACGGGAACCGAACAUUUACAGAUAUUCGAGUAAAAAGACAGACUGACAGUUUAUUGACUGUCGAAUGGGAAGGAAUUCAGACAGGAGAUCAUGCCGACUCAGAAGUCAAGGGAUUUCUGGUGGAAUAUCGAGCGGAAAAUAAUAACGAUUGGGGACUUCAUCCAGGAAUUAUACCCUACAAGGGACCUAAUCAUCAAUAUCGUGUACAGAUUCCAAAACUUCCAACCGGUAUAUCAUACCUGGUGAGGAUCAAAGUUAUUGGGGAGAGUAAUGCAGUAUUGGUUGAGACACCAGAAAUUCGAGCACAUAAUGAGAUUGUAUCAAUAAAAUGUGAAAAUGGUUAGUUUUUGAUUGUUUGUUACUUUUCUUCCCACUUCUAUCUAACACAUUUUCCUUUUUCAGAUGAUUUAACUGCUCCUCGUUAUCCUGAAGUAACUGAAGCCUCCCAAUUUUCAUUGGCUAUUAAAUGGGACGCACCAGAUUGUGGUUCAGUUGGUGAAUAUCAUCUCGAACUCACCGGAGAUUCGAAAACAUCUUUUGAUGUUCAUCGUCAAACAAUCACUCAACCUCAUGUGUCUGUCACAAAUCUUCUUCCAAAUACAACUUAUACAAUUAAAAUUCGUGCGUCUGAUAGAUUUCGAAAUAUUGGACCAUGGAAUACCGAACCACUAAAUGCUACAACAAAAGGAACAAGGCUUCCAAUGUCAAAUGCCAAGGUUCUUUAUCGAUCUGAAUCAGAAGUGAGAAUUGGAUGGCAACCAUAUAAUGAUCCAAGAAUUCAACAUUAUGAAAUUACUGCUGUUGAAAGAAAUAAGGAGGGCAGAAAAAUUGAGAGAAAUCGAGUUCCACCAACAAGUACAGAUUUCACUUUAAGCGGUCUUCAACCACACACCGAAUAUAGUAUUGGAAUUAUUGCUGUCGUUGAUCAUGAACCCAAAAUGGUAAGAACCCUCUUCUUUUUUCUAACUCUUGAUCUCACUAAUAAAAAAUUAUUAAAUUAUUAUGUAGAUUUAUGCUGUUGAAACAUCAACAACUGGCGAAGGAACUGGACUUUGGGAAGAUAAACCAAGAGUUUCAUCAAUUUCUGCAAAUCAAUAUCAAGUAAAUUGGCAAUUGCCACAAAGCACAGAAGAGAUUGCCAAAUUUUUGAUCGAAUAUCGACUUCCGAAUGAAACAACAUGGCGAACAAGUGAACAAAAAUUGGCGACAGAAGGAUCGGGACACGAUUUUUCUGUUUCACUUCCACCAAUUGAUUCACCCUUUUAUACUUUCCGAAUUGUUGCAGUUAAUUCGGAAAAUAGUGUAGUGACACGAAGUGAAGAAAUGACUGUUGGAGAUGCAGCUGAUGCAUCGUGUGUUGGAAGAGCCGGAAUUCCAAGAAAUGUGAGAAUUAUUGAACUAACUAUUUUUAUUGAAUUUAUUUUUUACACUGAAAAUACAUUUAGAUUCGAUAUUCCCUUUCCGGUGAAACACACAUUCGCAUUGAAUGGGAUGUUCCAAAAUGCGAUGAUUCAAUUACACCAAUCGAUGGAUACGAAUAUUCGUAUUAUUCAGCAUCACAAGCUCCACCACAAGCCGGUUCUUACACCGGUUCCCCAUAUGUAGUUGUACAAAUUCAUCCAAACACUGAAUACAUUUUCAAAGUUCGUACACGAAGUGUAAAUUCUCAUUCAAAAUGGAGCGGUGAAACCACAAUUUCAAGUUCGCUGGUUUCUUCAGGUAUUUAUUUGGAAAAAUAAAAAAUAUUGGGCUAAAUAAUGGGACGCGCGUUAACUUUCUUUCAUCUAACAAAUAUUUCUAGACUCAUUAACAUCUAACAAUUUAACCAACACAUUCGGAAAAAGAGUGAAACGACAAGCUAAACAUCAGAUUCGAGGUUUGUUACUAAUAUUUUUAUGUAGGGAUGUACAACGGGGCCUGGCUACCAGGUGCAGCCCUAAUUUUGAUUUCAAAAAUCUAAUAGCUUUCUCAAGAUCAUAACAACAUCUAUAAACUUCGUAUUGUUUUGUCACCACCUUGCUCUUUUCUUGUUUGGACACCACUAACAUCACAUCCACGAUCAUCAAUCGCAAAAUUCAAAUUAUCUUAUAAGGAAAAAGGUGCAACAAAAUGGACUCGACUUGUUGCCGGAACUGAUCAUUUUAUGUGUCCGGAAGGAUUGGCCGAUCCACAGGAUUAUUGUUUUCAGUUGAAGGAUUUCUUCUUUGGUGUUCACUAUAUCAGUAGUGUGUGUGUUUUAAGUUUUCUAUUUUUUCUAAUAACAUUUAACAUAACUUCAGAUUUCAUAUGAACUAACCAAUGGGCAACUGAUGCCGGCUAGCAGUAAUCCAUUACACUUUACACUUGUACAACUUGGUUUGACUAAUCAAAUUCUUUUGAAGAUUAGAAUUCAUAACUGAUUGAUAUUUUCAGACGGAAGUGCGACUGAGACAAAUAAUGGUGUAACAAUCAGCCAGCCACGUAUCGAAAAAUCCGCCUCUCGAUUCGUUGUCUAUUAUUCGGUGACUGGCGGUGAUGCCGACAUUCUUGGAUAUCAGGUGGAAAUUCGAACACAAGACGAUCGAACAUGGAAACCGAGCGGAUCAUUGCAACAGAAUGAACCGUCGCAAACUCAUUAUCGGGUAGCGUUGGGACAGUUGAAUGUUGCGCCGACCUAUUUGGUGCGCGUGAGAGCGUUGGAUCGAACACACACCACUGUUGCCACAUCGCCGUCCGCCUCGUUUUCGGUGCAAUGUCAAAGUGAGUUUUGGAAUUGAGAUAGGGGAAGAUUAGGCGCAGGCUUUCGAAACUUAUUUUCAUUCGGAAAUUUCGAGAAAAACUUAGCACCAAAAUCUGAGAAAAGUACAUAAAACAUGUAUCCAAAAAUGAUUCUUGUUUAUAGUCCCAUCAGCACCAGAAAACGUGCGUCUCGACAAAGUGUCAAAUGAUAUGGUUAGAAUAUCAUGGGAUGCUCAACUCGACGACGACAACUGUCAAUCAUACUUCUUUGUCACUGGACAACAAAAUGGUCGACCAAUCAAUGAACGUGUUCCAGGAACUGAUAGAAGUGUUGAUAUUAGUGGAAGACCAGAUGGAGAUUGGCGAGUUCAGGUUCGCGCUGUCAAUUCAGCCGGAUCUGGAACCCCAUCUCAAGAUGCCUUGUUUGCAUCUGAUCAACAAUGUGAGUAUUUCAGCUCUGUUUUUGUAGAUGAUUAUAUUUUGUUGAAAAUCUUUUCGGGAUAAAAAUCUAUCUUUUUUUUUUCAAAAAUCAUAAUGUCUGCAGACCACCGUCAAAAGCGGAGCGUUUGUGAUCCGCGCACUGAUUUUUGGUGUAAAGGACAAUUCCAAAACUCACCAUUGCGUGAAAUGCAAUCGUCAGAAGGUUUAAAUUACUUCUAAAGUGUGAUCUCCUGAUUUCCCAUAGCCUAGCAUUUUUAUCUUCUACUAACUUUCAGUUUCCAACAACAAUUUUUUUAUAAUUUCAAAAAUAAUUCCUUCAGUUCCAUUUUUCAUUCAGCAUGAUUCUAACAUCUUCUUCUCCUGAUUUAUCAAAAAAUAAUCGAUAGUUUUUAGCAUUGGUCUCAACUCCAACUGUCACUCCACAAAAUGAUGAUUUGAUUGUUAGAUGGAGAAGUGAAGGUGAUGGUCGAAGUGUUUUCGGAUAUCACGUUCAAUUCAGAUCGGAAAAUCAAGGAUGGAAAACUUAUGGACAAUUAGUUCCAUAUGUUGGAGAUUCCAAAGAAUAUGCUCAAACUUUGACUGGACUUCAAAGAGGACACACAUAUUUCAUUCAUGUUCAAGUAAGACAUUUUAAUUUUUGUUCAAAUCUGAUAGCACAACAUCUCAUUUUUCUAGGUUCUCGAUAGAAACUCAUAUGUUUUACAAACUUCUGCUCAAUCUAGCGCAAAAUCAAUUUGCUCCGCUCCUUCACAUGCCCCAUCACAUUUACAAGUUGUUUCUCCUGAUUCAACCCAUGUUCGUGUGGUUUGGGCUCUUCCACCACAAUCAACUUGGGGAUGUGCUGAUAUUCAAUUCGAAAUUCAAGCAGUCACACCAGCUGGGCAAGCUCCAAUUGUUGUUGGAUCACAUCAAACAUCGCACAUUUUCAAUGCGGCACCAAAUCAAGCUUGGUCAGUCAAGAUUCGUUCAAUCAACUCAGCUGGACAAUCUGCAUGGACACCAACAGUCGAAACAAGUACUCCACCAGGCGGAGAACUUCUCAUCGGCCCAGAAGUCAGUUAUCGUCAAGGAAAACCAAUUAUCACAUGGAGAUCAAGAGAAAACACCAAUGAUAUGAUUCAAUCAUUCUUGUUGGAAUGGAAAUCAGUUCGUGAACAACAAUGGAGACAACAUCGCAAUCCAAUUCCAUAUAAUGGAUGGCAACGUCCAUAUUCGGUUGAUCUUGGAGAACUUCCAAAAGGACAAACAUAUGAAGUACGAAUUGUUGCCAAAGAUCCAAAUCGUGGAACUGCAUAUACUUCACCAAUUGUUCAAGUUCAAACUCAAACAUCUUGCCAAGCACCAAGAAGAGCACCAUCCCAUGUUCAAGUUUCACCAAUCGGACCAACUCAAAUCAAACUUUCAUGGGCUCCACUUCACGAAUCUGAAUGGAAUUGCGAUCGAGUUUGGUAUGUUGUCAAAUUCUCGAAUCCAAAAGAACAAGGAUAUCGUAAUUUGACAAAUGGAGAAAACUCAGUUGUCUUCGAUUCUGAUCCAUAUACUCAAUGGACUUUUGAUGUUCAAGCCGCAAAUCCAUCCGGUGAAAGUCAAUGGAGUAGAUCAGAAAGUGCACAAACUCAAGGAGUUGCUCCAGGAGCUGUUUCAAAUCUUCGUGUUCAACCAGUUGGUUCAGAUUCAUUACAAUGCAGCUGGCAAGCACCAAUCAAUCCAAAUAGUAGAAUUACUCAAUACGAAGUCACUUAUCAAUUGAUCUCAAAAGGAAACUGUGAUAAUAAUCAAGAAGAGCCAAGAACUAUUACAGUUAAUGGACCACACUUCACAAUCACUGGAUUGCACCCACAUUCCAAAUAUCGUGUCGGAGUCGCUGCUAAAUCUAGUGUUGGAGCAGGUGAAAGAGUAUCUGUUGAAAUUCAAACUGAACAAGCUGCUCCAACAGCAGCUCCAAUCUAUUUGAGAACUGAAGAUAUUCAUCCAACUGAUGUUAGCAUUUCAUGGCAAGCUCCACCUUGUCUUCAAACAAAUGGUGAAAUUACCGAAUAUGAAUAUGAGGUAACUCCAGUUGAUCGUCGUCAAAAUGUUCAAAAAACAACUGAAAACAUUCGUGGAACUCGGGCUCGUAUUGAAAAUCUUCAACCACAAACCGCCUACACUGUAAAAGUUCGUGCUUAUACAGCAAGAGGAUCCGGACCAUGGUCAACUGAAGUUCCGUUCCAAACAUCUGCUUCAUCAAACAAUCAAGCACCAGGACUUGUCAAAGUUAUUCAAACAGGAUCAGAUCAUGCUCAACUCGUUUGGCAAUCUCCUUAUCCAAAUACUGGAUAUGUUGACAAAUACAAGUGCAGAUAUGCUCAACAAGGAUCACAAAAUUAUCAAGAACGUCAAUUCCCAGCCGUCUCACCAUGUCAACAAAGACAAUUAGAACGUCAAAACUUGCCACCAACUCCACCAGGUGCAAGACUUCAUUGUGGAAGAAUCGAUAAUUUGGAGCCAAACAAGCAAUACAACAUCGAAAUGGCAGCUCAUUUCCCAACAUCUGGAUGGACACCAUAUUCUGAACCACAACAAACAACAAUCAGUACUGAUCCAGUUCAAGUUCUUUUCUUGAGAAAAGUUGGAGGAAGUGAAAACUCUUUGAAAAUCCACUACGAUGUUCGACCAGAUGAUCGAACAAGAGUUAUCGGAUUCCAAAUUGUUGUAACUCCACAAGACGGACAACAACGUCCACAAAUCUUCAAUGUCGAUGGAGCCACUUACAACUAUCAAAUCGGAAAUUUGAGACCAAGAACUUCAUACAAUGUAACUGUUUCGGCUUCAACUGCAAUUCGUAUGUGUGGAGGAAUCACAACAAUGAUGACAACAGAUGCUGCUCCACUUACCGCUUUGGCAAUUGCUCCAAGAGUUGUUGCUGAAGAGCCAACAUCGAUUACUAUUGAAUGGGAAAACAGAAAUCGCGAAGCUGGAGGAUUUAUCGUUGAAUACAGAGUUGCCGGUGGACCAUGGCAACAACAUCCACGUCGAAUUCCAACAAAUCCAUCUCAAAUCAAAUACACCGCAACUGUUGAUGGUCUUCCAACCAAUGCAGUUGUCGAUUUGAGAGUCAGAGUUGUUUCGCAACAAAACGAGCAAAGCAAUCCAUCACCCGAAGUUCGUGCCAGAACCAAAUGCUCGCCACCAACUAAUCCCCCACAAGGAAUUCGUCUUGAUGCACCAUCAACCAACGAAGUUCGUGUUUCAUGGGCUCGACCAGGAAAGAACACUUGGAUGUGUGAUCAAAUGAAUGUUGUUAUCAGUUAUCGUGUUGGAAAUCAACCAGAGAAAACAUUGACUGUUCCAGGAGAUCAAACUGAAUACACAUUCCCAGCUGAACCAAAUCAAAGAUGGGUUAUCAAAUUGCAAUCAACAAAUCAAGUUGGAUCAAGUCCAUGGUCAAAUGAGCAAUCAAUUACAACAAGACAAGGAGCUCCAGGAUCUGUUCGUGAUUUAAGAGUCAAAGCUUUGUCACCAAACGAGGUUCACGUUCAAUGGCUGGCUCCAUUAGUUCAACGAGGAACAAUUGUUGGAUAUGACAUCUCCUACCGUCUCAAACAUCGUUUAGCUUGUCCAGAAGAAGAACCAAGAGAUGUGAGCAGAGAUUUCGUCACUGUUUAUAAUCACAAAGAUUUGGACUAUAUCAUUCCUGGACUUUUGCCAUAUUCAUUAUACGAAGUUCGAGUUCGCGCAAGAACAACCGAAUUAGGACCAGAGGAGACCAAAGAAGUUUCGACUGAGCAACAACCACCAUCUUCACCACCUCUCAAUUUGGAAUCAACUUCUGCACUUGUCAGAUCUUUGUCAUUCCAAUGGGAUACUGUUGAUUGUUCUCAAAGACAUGGACAUAUUGUCAAUUAUGAAUACGAAAUUCUUGGACAAGAUGAUUGGGCGAAAUUGGAAAGACAAAUUGCCAACACAUCUGAUUUGAGAGUCACCAUCGAAGGAUUAACACCAUACACCAAAUAUGUUAUGCGUGUUAAGGCUUACAAUUCAGUCGGAGGAGGUCCAAACACUGAAAAUCUUGUUGUUAUGACAGCCAAGGCUAAUGCUCCACUUCCACCACAAGAUCUUGUUGUCGCUCAAGAAGGUACCGAUUUCUUCAUGGUUUCAUGGGUCUCGCCAUAUCCACCAUACGGUCCACAUGAUUCUUACAAAAUCACCUAUCGUCAAUUGCCAACCAACGAUUGGGUUGAAAUUGAAAAAGGUGUCAAAGAUCCAAUUUUAAAAUGCCCAGGAGAAAGUAACAGAUUCUGUUACAAUGCAACAGGAUUGGAAAGUGGGCAACAAUUUGAAAUCAAGGUUGCUGCUAGAAUUGAAGGAGGAAUCUAUGGACCAUGGUCGAAAGAAGUUAUUGCAAAUACACUUCAAGUUUUGCCAGAUGCUCCAAGAUCUAUUCAUUUGAUUGAAAAGACUGAUCAUUCAUUGCAUAUUCGUUGGACUCCACCAAUUGAUCCAAAAGGAUAUAUCAAACAAUACCGUGUUUCGAUUGUUUCUUUGGAUGAUAUUAAUGACAAAAAACAAACAUAUUUGGUUGACCAUCCAACUGUCACUUAUUUGUUCGAUGAUCUUCACCCAGAAACAUCUUACAACAUUUCAAUCGCUGCUGGAACAAAACAAGGAUUCGGAAGAGAAAUUUGGACUCGUUACACAACUGAUCCAUUCAAUAUUCCAGUUGUUGGAACUGUUCCAACUGUAACUGCUGAAGGAUCAAGUGUUCUAAAUGUUGAAUGGAAUGCGGUUGCUGAUCCAAAGAAUCGUGUCAAAGGAUAUAUUGUUGAGAUCAGAAAUGCUGAUACACCAACAUGGCAAGAAAUCGGAGGAGUUACUGCACAUGAUUCAGUUAAACGAUCAUAUCUCAAAAAACUCACUGGAUUGGAUUCAGAUACUUUGUAUUUCGUCAGAAUCAAGGUUGUCGACAAUCGUCAACGCGUCGGAGUUCCAUCGCCAGAAGCUCAAGGUAGAACCGGAUGUGCUGCUCCAAUUUCACCGCCAACAAACUUGAACUUGGCUUCACCAAGUAAUGUUCAAGUUCGUGUCUCAUGGCAAGCACCAAAUCAAAACUCGUGGAAGUGCUCAGCUAUUCGAUACAAGUUGGAAUAUGUCAAUGGAACAAAUUCAAGAAAACAAAUUGAUCUUCAAAGUUCAUCAAUUGAACAAAUCUUCGAUUCAAAAUCAAACACCAAAUGGGUUGUCAGAAUUCGUACUGAAAACGAUGCUGGACAUUCAGAAUGGAGUAAAGAAUUGGAAAUCACAACUGGUGAAGGAGCACCAGGAGAAGUUGAUGAUUUGAGAGCAAAACCAACUGGACCAACAACUGUUGUUGUAACCUGGAGACCACCAAAGGAUCCAAAUGGAGUUAUCACUGGAUACACCUUAACCUACACUCUCAAAUCAAUUGGUGAAUGUGGACCAAGAUCAUCGACACCAAUCGAAAAACAUGUUCGUAACGAGAAACAAACUCUUGAAGGACUUUUGCCAGCUUCAACUUAUGAGAUUCACGUCACCGCUCAUACAUCACACGCUGGACCACAAUCAAGAGUUGUGACUGUGACAACUGAAGAAGCUGCACCAACCGGACCACCACAAAAUCUCAAAGCCGGUUCAGUCACAAGCACUCGUGCUGAUGUCACUUGGACUCAACCAGAAUGUGAAUUGAGAAAUGGUAAAAUCAUUAAUUACGAUUAUGAAUUGGAAAGUUUAAAUGAAUGGGGAGAUAACAGCACUGGACAAAAUCCAACAGAAAGAUUAAAUUUGGAUCAAUUGAUUCCAUAUACUCUCUACAGGUAAGAUCUAGAAAAAAAAGAUAAUCCGAAAUUAAUAUUUCUUUCAGAAUUCGUGUUCGUGCCAUCAACGGCGAAGGUGAAGGACCAUAUAGUGAAUGGUUCGAAUUCCUCACUGAAGCCACCGCUCCACCAGCACCAACAGAUCUCCAAGAAGAAGCCUCAUUCCCACACGCCAUCGAAAUCUCGUGGUUACCACCAUCUCCACCACACGGAAUCGUUGACUCAUACAAAGUUCGAUACACACCAAGUGGGGAAACCAACUACAAAGAGCUUCGCGUUGAAACAAAUCGAUUGGAAUGUUCGGAUGCCAACAAGAAAGACAGAUUGUGUUAUCGUUUGAGUGAUUUGGAUCCCGAGCAAGAAUAUGAUAUUCAAGUGUCAGCUCACACAACAGCUUGGUCUGAUUGGUCGGAUGAAUUGACUGCCAGAACUCAACAACAAAACAUUCCAGUUUUGGAAAGAGAAUUGGAAGUCACUGAUAAGACAUCAACUUCAAUCUCAUUGAAAUUCGAAGGACUUCCACAAGAUCAAGCAACACAUGUUGUUGGAUAUAUUUUGGAAUACAAAUCAGAAGAUGAUAAUGCAGAAUGGCAAGAAUAUAAUGGAAUUAUCAAACAUCGCAAAACAUCUCAAGAUUACAAGACAACUGUAAAGGGAUUAGAAACUGCCACACUUUACUUCUUCCGUUUGAGAGUUGUUGGAAAGAAUGACAAGAGAGGACAACCUGGGCCAGAAACCAAAGAAACAACAUCAUGUGGUAAACCAGAAGAAGCACCAUCUGGUUUGAAACUCGAAUCUGUCGAUUUCGAAACAUUGAAGAUCACCUGGACACCACCAAAUGAGGAUACUUGGAGAUGUGACAAUGUCGAAUAUCUCAUCGAUUUCGCCAACACAACUUCUCGUGGAAACUGGACUGUCUCAACUGAUGCUCCAUCUGAACUUAUUGUUCCAACUCAACCAGGAACCAAAUGGGAUAUCAAGAUUCGUACUCAAACUGUUGAAGAUGAUGGAAAACAACAAACGAGUAGAUGGAGUGAUCGAGUUAGUAUCACAACUCAAUCAUUGCCAGGAGAGAUUUUCGUGACUGUUGAUCCAAAGGGACCACGGGAUGCUUUGGUCACUUGGGAACUUCCGGACAAAGAUCAAAAAUGGAAUUAUGGUGUUGAUAUUACUUACAGACUCAAACAACUCGGAGGAUGUAAUGAAGUUCAAACUGGUGCACAAGAACCAAUCACCAAAUUGAAUGUUCAAGAAAAACAAAUUCCACUCGAAAACUUGCAACCCGGAUCAUUGUAUGAAGUUAUUGUCACACCAAGACGUCCACCAUCAUUGCAUUCAUCAAUUGUUACACCAAAGACUAUCAGAACAUUUAGAACUCAAAAUGAUGCACCAACUGGAGCACCAGUCAAUUUGCAAGCAACUGAAGUUAAGGAUGAAUCACUUGGAUUCAAAUGGGAACCACCAGAGUGUGCUCAACAAAAUGGAAAUAUCACACAAUAUGAAUAUGAACUUGUUGGAUUGGAUGAAUGGAAUGAGGGAGCAUUUGAAGGAGUCACACCUCGACCAACUACUGUUAUCAAGGAUCUUAAACCAGGAAGUUUGUAUCGAUUCAAGGUUCGUGCAUUCACUGCCAGUGGACCUGGACCAUGGUCUGAUGCUUUGGAAAUCCGCACAACUGGAAGUGAAUUGGGACCACCAAGAGAAUUGACUGCUAUUCAAACCAGAGCCACGCAAAUUCAUUUGACUUGGUUGCCACCAUAUCCAGAAAAAGCAUUGGUCACCGCCUACAAAAUCAGAUACAGUCCAAGAGAAUAUGCGACACCAACUGAAGUCGAAUUCACUGGAGAUGAAUUGUCAUGCAAGGGAUACGAGAAUCCAAUGUUGACUUCACAAAAUCUCUGUGGAGCCAUCAAAGGACUUCAACCAGGAACCACCUACAGAAUCGCUGUUCAAGGACAAUCUGCAUCUGGUUCAUGGGGAGAAUGGUCACCAGAUUAUUUCUCAACCACAAGAUUGUCUGAUGAUGAAAAUCUUGGUGGAAGUUUGAAACUUCUUUCCGCUGGUCACAACAAUAUUCGUGUCAAAUGGAUUCCACCAGCAGUUAUUGGUGAGAAGAUUGAUCGAUACAAUCUUUCAAUCUCUGUCGCUUCUUCGUUGGAUCAAAAUCCAAAGAAAUUCGAUACUCCAGGAUCUGUCACUGAAUUCCACUUCCGUGAUCUCAACUCAGUUACACAAUACAAUAUCACAGUUCAUGGACAUAAAGAAGGAAAACCACUUUGGUUCAUUUCUUCCGUUUUCUCAACAACCGAUUUCGCAGAAGGACUUCUCACCUGGUUAUCCGCUCCAACUGAUUUGCAUUUGAUUGAGAAGAGUGAAACAAUGUUGCACGUUGAUUGGGUGCCACCAGAGAUUUUCGACCCAGAACAACGAGAAUUGAUCACCCAUCACAGAGUCACAAUUGCACCAUUCGAUCCAAUUUCUGGAAAGACUGGACCAUCCAAAAACUACACUGUUCCAUAUCCAGGAAACUCAAUCAAAUUCGAAGGACUCAAUCCAGAAACAAUCUACAACAUCACAGUUCAAGCUGGAACCAAUUCUGGUUACGGUCAUAUUCUUUGGGGAACCUACAGCACUUUGGCUCCAGGACAACGUCAUAUUCUUCGCUUGUUGAACAGAACUCCAACAACUUUGAAUGUUGCUUGGGAUCCAGUUUGGGGAAGAUCUCACUCUGGAUACACUUUGGUCGCCAGAACUUUGUAUUCAGUUUACGGAAAUGUUCGUCUUCAACAACUCAAAACAUUCGAUGUUGAUGCAUCAGAAACUGAAUUUGUUAUCCGAGGACUUCAUCCAUCCACAGUUUACAAUGUCACAUUAACUCCAAAAGAUCACAACGAAGUUGCUUGGGGAGCAUAUGCGACACUUCCACCAGGAUGGUUUGUCGUCAAAAACUUGAAACAAUGCGAUAAGACUGAUUUCGCUGUUUCAAUGUCUUGGGAACCAGUUGAAUUGAAUAUGGCAAGCGAUUAUCAAGUUAGAUAUUUGAGAUUGAAGGAUCACGAUGGAACAUGGAUUGAAGAAGCUGCAAGACCAGCUAAAGAACUUUUGUGUCCAAAGGAUGGCUGUGGACGAUUGUGUUAUCUAGUUUUCAAUUUACCACACAAUCCAUCAGAAUACGUCUUCCAAGUUCGCGCUAAAGUUGAUGGCGAAUGGAAUCACUGGAAAUCAGCUCCAAAGAAAAUGACAAGCAGUGAACCACUUUAUGUAAGUAUCAAGAGAAUUUUAUUAAAGGGAAGAGGGAGUUUUGCGAUUAAUUUUUGUGAUCUAGAUUUUAAAAUUAAAAACAAUAUCAAAUUAAUUUCAGGUCCGUCGAAGCUGUUGUAUUGUUCCACCACCUUACUUUGUCGACAACAUCGGUGCUCCAGAAACCUAUUGGGAAGUCGAUGUCAAUCCAGCUGCCACAAACAGCAAUGUUUCUCGAUACUACGUUGUUGUUGAUGAACGUGAUCCACCAGGAGAUACAAACUGGACUGAAUUGACUGACAAGGUUACCGCCAACAAAAUGAAGAUUCCAUAUUAUGUGGCAGCUUCGUUCAAUUUGGAAACAUUGCCAGAACCAAGAAAAGUUCGAAUCGGAGAUGGAAGUGUUAUUGGAGGAUAUUUGAAUUAUCCAUUGACUAAAGGAAAGAAGUAUAACUAUGAGAUUUAUACCAUUUGGAAUGUUACUGGAUCAGAAGUUGUUGGAAGAUUGAGAGGUUUGUACUUUUUGUGAAAAAUCUACUAUUAUUCCUAGUUUCGCUCCAUUUCAAUAGUAAAAAAAAUGUUUAUCAUUUCCAUUUCCAAAUAUUUGUUUGUUGCCCCAUUUUCUCUUCAUUUCUUCACAGUCAACGCCUUUUUGAAAAGCAAUUCAGAAAACAAAAGAGAAAAUAGACAGUGAGAGAGAAUUAGGCGCUAGUAUAUUUGAUAAGGCGAAAAUGUUUGAUUGAUUCUCUUCUCUCGCCAAGUGUGUGUGUGUGUGUGUGAGUGUGGGAAAUGAAAUGUGAAAAUGGGUGUGGCUGACAAGACAACAAGACGACCCAGAAGGGACAAAAAAUAAUAGAUUUUUCGUUUUUUUUUCUAAAUUUUUUUCAACUGAUCACACUGAUCAACUAGAACGCUAGUAUUUUUCAAUUUUGUUUUGGGUAGAUAACAAUUAUUUUUGGGAAUGUACGUAUUUCCAGAUGGUGAGUUAUGAGAAAUUGAAAUUUUUUAAGAUUUCGAAAAAAAAAUUCUAGAAACUUAAUCCCCGGGGAAUUUAGGAAGUCACCCCAGAGGCCGAAGUUAACCCGCCCUUUUUUUGGGGAGGCAUCAGAUUUAUGAAAAUAACAAUUCCCAAAAAAAUCUUCAGAUGUUCGCGGUUGGGACUGGCUUCUGAGCCGUGUGUUCUGGCGUUGGAUUCUUCUUCCACUCGCCGCUUUCCUCAUUUUAUGUCCUCUCAUUUGCCUUCUUUGGCAUUGUAAAGAGUUAGUAGUGUGUUUUGCGAAGCAUGUUACCCUAAAAAUUCUUAACUCAAAAAUAAUUAUCCCAAACCUAACUAGAUCCUUCAAUCCCCUCUUCCAGCCUCUCCCUUCCUUACAUCAUCAUCCUGGCCAUGGUGGUGGCUUCUUCUCCCACUUCUCCUAACUCUUCUCGCAGUUUUGCUCUGCUGCUGUUUACCAUGGUGUCUACAACGGUAAGCCUAUUUCUAACAUGUCUUCCUGAAGUGUGACUAGCUGAAUGUUUGUGAAAAAUAAAAUAAUACAAAUUAUUUUAGCCGAUUCCGAAGCUCAAAAACUCAUGAAACCAGAAUUACCAAUGGUCAACAUGUUCCACUUCUCACAGAAGAUCGAGCUGGAAUUAAUGAGAAUUUGAGAAACUUGGAAGGAAGAUUGGAAUCGAUGAAAGGUGCUAUCAAUAACAAAAGUAAGCUAUAAAUCUUUUCAGAAAAAAUGAAUGAAAAAAAUAAAAUUUCGAAUUUUCAGCUCAUGGACACUUCGAAGAUGGUUACAUGAAAGGCUACAAAGAUGCUAGCAAACUUGGAAGCGCAAAUGCUGCCAGAAAUCGCUUGGCAUCAGAUUACGCAUCUCGAGAUGACCGAUUCCACGAAGGAUAUGCCAAAGGUCUCAAGGACGCUGGAAUGACCGGAAUGACAACAUCAAUGCAUAACUUGGCUCAACGAGGAACUGGUCCAGGAUAUUCCGCUGGAUUUGUUCAAGGUUACAAAGAUGGAAAUUCGGGAAUCUUUGGUGAUCGUGUCACACCAUCAUUGAUCUCAAGACUCGAUGAACAAUAUGCUGGUCAAGAAGAGUUCAAACAAGGAUAUGUUGAUGGAUUCAAAGAGGGAGCAUCAUCCCGAGUUGGAGAGAAACAUCGAUUCGAAGAUUCGAGAAGAUUACAACAAUCAUUGACAGAAUUGACUGAAAGAUUAACAUCAUUGGAGAAGACAAAAGGAGAUGAGAUUCAUUCGACAAAGAUUUAUCACGUUUGUGAGUAUUUUUCCUAUUUUUAGAGGAGUGGGAAGUACCGAAACUCAUUUUAUUUUUAUAUUUUCAGACAAUCAACAACCAGAAGGAGCAGCUUUUUCAUCAACCGGUCAACAAUUGGCUCACGAGUUAGAAGAAAUCGGAAGUAGAAGAAGUACAUUGAGAAGACAUUACACUGUGAGUAACUAAACUUUAAUCAAUAAUUAACUUUAAUGUUUUCAGCCUGGAGAUUAUUUAAAAUAUGAUGCUGAAGAAGGAUACAAUUCAUUGAGUCGCAACCGUCGUUCACUCUCGGCUUCAGCAUUGGCUCAAAACAAAGGUUAGCUACAUUUAAUACUAACUUAUUAUUUCUAAAAAACUUUUUCAAUAGAAUGAAAAACCCGCAAGUAGUGAUUUUUCAUGCCUGUUCUCUAACUUUAGAACCUUCCUAACCUUUUUUUCAUUAUUUAGAAGCUCAUCAUCAAUCCCAAACCUAUCUCCAAGGUGGAACUUUAUCUCGAUCUCGUCAACAUGUUGGAAGUUCUUACCUGGCUCGCGCUGCUCAAGAUUCACAAAUCGGAACUGAUACCUAUUCGAAGCGCUACAACUACAGAUCGCGUAGCGAUGUAGGUAGCCCUCGUCGGUAUGCCAGUCAAACACUUCUCGAUGGUUCCCGUCCGGGACCAUCGACUCCACACGCAAAACGUGAUGCUCUUCAUACACUCCAAAAAGAAUUAGAUACAUUGAGUAGAUCAUCGCCACGUGGCGCAGCUGGUUAUACUUCUGAUACAAAUGCUUAUGAUACAGUUAGAAGUAGAGCUAGAGGAUAUUCUAAUUAUGAUUAUGGUUUGUUGUUAGAUUGAAAUUAGAAGCAUGGUAGAGUGUGUGAAUGUUUUCUAGAUACCUAUCAAUCAUCAACUCGGAAUAUUCAAAGUUCUUCCGGUGCAGCUGCAGCAGGUGCAACAAGUGGAGUUAGCGGAAGUGUUCAACGUGUCGGAUAUCCAUCAAGUUCAGCCGGCAGCACAUCAGCCAACACACCAAAACGUUUGUUACCUUUUUGACUUGAAUUUACCACUUCUUGAGUGAAUGCGAAUGUAGAAUGUACAUAGAAUGAAAAUAGAAUAAUUUUUAGAGGAUAAAAGUGUGGGAACAAAAUAAUAAAAUUUAAAUUUACAGAUGACACAUCUGGAAAAUGGGCUGAAGAAUUGAUCGACAUCGUCGCUGAACCGCUGGAUCGGACUAUCGAACGUAUGAAGAAAUUCUCCACCUCAACAAGUAACGUCGGUAAGACUAUAUUCGUUUAAUAUGAACAAUGUAUAACAUGAGACAUCACGAAAAUUAGAAAUAUUAGAAAGUCAUCGUAUAUUUAUUUUUUCUAGGAGGAUCAACAUCCCAAGGCGGAGGAGAAGUUGUAGAAGAAAAAUACCAUCGCACGUACAAAGAAGAACAUUCAACCGGCCAUUAG